CAACACCCGCGCUGCCUCGAACGCUACCUUGUUCUCUUUAGUCCUCUUCCACCAGAAAAAUUGCUUUGAUUUUUGCAAUCUUUUUGGCUCAGAGCAACUCGCCCCGCACUUGUGAAUCCAUCAACCCCUCGCCGAAAUGGUGCUCCACAACCCCAAUAACUGGCAUUGGGUGAAUAAGGAUGUGUCAGGAUGGGCGAGGGAGUUUCUUGACAGCGAACUCCCUACCAUCUCGGCUGAACAUGAUGGUGUCACAGCCAAAGUGGACAAAGUCAUCAGCAUGGAUGGAGACGUAGAUGUAAGCCAGCGCAAAGGCAAGGUCAUCACCUUGUUCGAUGUGAAGCUGAAACUAGAAUACUCUGGUAAGAAUAAAGAGGGUGAGGAAGCGAGCGGCACCAUCUCGGUACCUGAGGUUGCCCAUGAUACGGAGGAAGACGAGUACGUCUUUGACAUAGACAUCUAUUCGGACGAGAGCAAGAAGCAACCCGUCAAGGAUCUGGUGCGGUCGAAAAUAGUCCCGGAACUCCGCAAGAGCCUCGCAAAACUAGGACCUGCGCUCAUCAAAGAACAUGGGAAGGAUAUCCAACACGCUCCAGGCUCAAACCCUUCGAGUGGCUUCUCAACUCCUAAGAUCUACUCUAGCUCUUCGAUCAACAAGUCUUCUGAACCAAAGUUAGCUUCUACCGCCACGCAGUCGAGCUCGGGAGCUUUGGUCAACACCGUGACUAUUACGGAUAGUACCGAAUUCCGCACAACCGCAGCUGAGCUCUACCAGACCUUCACCGAUCCUCAGCGACUCGCUGCCUUCACUCGUUCUCCGCCGAAGAACUUCACUGGUGCGAAGCCUGGCGGUACAUUCGAGUUGUUCGGUGGCAAUGUAUCUGGUGAAUUCACGGAGCUGGAAGAACCAACCCAUAUCGUUCAGAAAUGGCGUCUUGCUCAGUGGCCCCAGGGUCAUUACUCUAACCUGUCCAUCUGGUUCGAUCAGAAUGAUAUUGAUGCCGUAACCGUGAUGCGUGUAGAAUGGAAGGGCGUGCCGGUUGGUCAGGAGGAGCCAACGAAGGGCAAUUGGGGUGAGUACUACGUGAGGAGCAUCAAGACUACCUUCGGGUUUGGUACUGUGCUGUAGUUGAGUCUUCCUACGGGUUUCGGUUGGAUGAGAUGGAGUCGGGGGCGUUUGGUAGGGAGGCACGAAUUAUUAUGACACAACGAAUGCUCACGAACUAAGGUGAAGCUCAAAGUCACAGGUAGAACGACAAUUAAACGCUAUUCCAAG